AAAACCCUAGCAAACUCUCUAAACCCCCAAUCCCACAUACAGAGAAACAGAGAGCAGAUUUCCUCUCUUCAAAUGGGAAAAGUGAAAGGAAAGCAUCGUUUGGACAAGUACUACCAUUUAGCUAGAGAUCACGGUUACCGUUCAAGAGCAGCAUGGAAAUUAGUCCAACUCGAUUCCAAAUUUUCUUUUCUCCGUUCAUCUUCCGCAGUUCUCGAUCUUUGUGCAGCGCCAGGUGGUUGGAUGCAAGUCGCUUUAAAGCAUGUACCCGUUGGCAGUCUUGUUCUUGGCGUUGAUUUGGUCCCAAUUAAACCACUUCGUGGUGGUAUAUGUAUUCAAGAGGAUAUUACGACCCCUAAAUGUCGUGCGACUAUUAAAAGAAUAAUGGCUGAAAAUGGGCGUAGAGCUUUUGAUUUGGUACUUCAUGAUGGGUCUCCUAAUGUCGGUGGUGCUUGGGCUAAAGAAGCUACUAGUCAGAAUUCUUUGGUUAUUGAUUCUGUUAAGCUUGCUACUGAAUUGUUGGCUCCUAAAGGCACUUUUAUUACUAAGAUUUUCAGAUCUCAAGAUUAUAAUGCAGUUCUUUACUGUCUAAGACAGCUUUUUGAGAAGGUUGAGGUGGAUAAACCUCUGGCAAGUCGUUCAGCAUCUGCAGAAAUUUAUAUUAUUGGUUUAAAAUAUAAAGCUCCUGCGAAGAUUGAUCCACGACUUCUUGAUGUAAAGCACCUCUUUCAAGGAGGUCAAGAACCCCCCAAGGUGAUUGACGUACUCAGGGGGUCGAAGCAGAAGAGACAUCGUGAUGGGUAUGAAGAUGGAGCCACAAUUUUAAGGAAGGUUUGCUCAGUUGCAGAUUUUGUUUGGUCUGAUAACCCUGUUCAUAUCCUUGGUUCAUUUACUUCAAUGAGCUUUGAUGAUCCCGCUUGUUUGCCCAUUAGAGAUCAUGCUCUUACAACAGAGGAGGUUAAAGCUCUAUGUGAUGAUUUGUGUCUUCUUGCAAAGCAAGACUUCAAGCAUCUCUUAAAGUGGCGUAUGCAGAUAAGAAAAGCUUUAUCUCCUGAAAAGAUUAAGACCCCAACAGCUGUUGUUGAAAGUGAGAACAAAGAAGACGAAGACGAAGACGAAGAUGAACGGGUUCUUAAUGAAAUAGAGGAGAGAACCAAUAUCGUGGAGAGAAGGCAGAAAAAAGAGAAGAAACUUCAAGCAAAAAGACGAGCCAAGGAGAAAGCACGCAAGGCACUUGGGAUUCAAGUAGAUGCAACAGAGGAUGGUUAUGGUGAUCAGGAUUUGUUUUCUCUAUCUUCCAUCAAGGGAAAGAAAGAUCUCGUAGCUGUUGAUAACAGUGAAAAUGACAAAGGAACUACAGAGGUAAGCGACGAAAAUGACGGAAGUGAUGAGGAAGCCGAGGAGCAUUUCUCCAGUGAUCUGGACUCUGAAGACGAACGCAGAAGACAUGAUGAAAAUAUAGAGGCAUUGUUUGACGAGGCUUACGAACGGUAUUUGGGUAGAGUGGAAGGAAAAUCAAAGCAGAGAAAGCGAACCAAACAAGCGUAUUUGAAGGAUGGUCCACUCCUGCAGGAUGGCAAUGAUGAUAGCAUGACUCAUUCUGCUCCAGACUCUGACAGUGACAAGGAAGAUAAUGAAGUCAACCCUCUUGUCGUACCCCUCGAGGAUGCACCACCGCCUCAGGAGGAGAUUGUGAAAAAGUGGUUUACGCAAGAUGUUUUUGAUGAAGCGGAAGAGCAAGAUAUCCUGGACAAGUAUGAUAGUGAAGAUGAGAUGCAAAUAGGAGGGGCGAAGCAAGCCCCAAAAUCUAAGGAGCUGACAAAUGAUAAACAGCAGGGAGAAACUAAGGAUCUCACAAGGAAAACAAAUGGCAGUUUACAAGUCUCAGCAUCCAAGACAGAAGAAGAUUUUGAGAUUGUUCCUACUCCUGCUACUGAUUCAAGUGACUCGUCAUCCGAUGAAUCAGAUGACGAUAUUGACACAAAAGCUGAAAUAUUAGCUACAGCGAAGAGGAUGCUGAGGAAAAGGCCUAGGGAAGAUAUGAUUGAUGAUGGUUACAACAGAUAUAUGUUUCAUGAUGAGGGGUUGCCGAAGUGGUUCCUUGAUGAGGAAAUGAGACAUCGCCAGCCAGAGAAACCCGUGACAAAAGAGGAGAUUGCUGCAAUGAAAGCUCAAUUUAAAGCAAUUGAUGCUCGGCCUGCAAAGAAGGUAGCAGAAGCCAAAGCUCGUAAGAAACGGGCAGCACAUAGAAAGCUAGAGAAGGUUCGGAAGAAAGCUAACUCAAUAUCAGACCAAGCUGAUAUUAACGAUCGUUCAAAGAGAAAAAUGAUUGAACAGCUAUACAAAAAGGCGGUAACACCAAAAAAACCAGAAAGGGAAUAUGUGGUGGCAAAGAAGGGUGUUCAAGUUAAGGUUGGCAAGGGGAAAGUCCUUGUUGAUCCGCGAAUGAAAAAAGAUGCUAGAAAGCAUGGAAUGAACAAGAAGAAGCAGCAGGGCAAGGGGAAGAAGGGUAAACAAACAGGAAAGGGCUCAGGGAAGGCUUCGGCGGCAGCAGGCAAGCAGGGAAACCGGGGAAAAUGAAAUGAAGUUGUAUUUUGAUGAAGGAGCUUUGCCAAAGAUAAGUUAAGCUCAUGAAUUUUGCUUACAUUCUCUUGUGCAUCUGGUUGCAAUAAGAGCCAACCCAUGUUAAAGCUGUUUUCUGGUUUCUUAUUGCUUUCUUUAUUAGAUCGUUUUUUUAUUUAUACACUUUUGAAGAUACUUUAUUGAUUUCUUUGUUCUAUCAACAUAAGGGAUUUACUUGUCUUGAUGAUUAA